GUUUUGUAUAAUAUAAAGCUGUUUUUUAAUUGAUUUGUGGGCUGCAGAACUACAGUUUAACAGUCUGAUGAAUUUUCAAACGAAUCCCCUCCCCCAUUUUGUUCAGUUACAUCAUGGAUGAACUAUCUGGCAGAGCAUGUCCGUGCUAAAACUGGGUGUUUGCCUGCAAAGUUGUGUGGAGGACAUGUAAGAUACAAAUCGAUUCAAAAUCUUGUUUAUAUUCUCCAUUUUUGACUUAGCCAAAAGAGCUGCUGGACCUCUACUUUGCAUUACAACACCAAUCUCAUUCCUCUGGCACAGCUGUAUCAUGCAUCAGUUACUGGCUGUUUGCCUGCUGUCUCUGUUCUCUGUGCUGACUGCAGACUCGUCCAAGAAGGGACGCAACUUUACUAUCUAUUCAUCACAGCUUAGCUGCAGUUUGCCAGGCCCUAAGGGUCCUCAAGGGAGUCCAGGUGCAGCAGGUCCCAGUGGUAACGUAGGCAAGAUGGGGAUGCCAGGUGCUGAUGGCCAGGAUGGGAAGGAUGGUGACAGGGGAGAGAAAGGAGACAAAGGUGAACAGGGUCGUCCUGGGAACCCUGGAAAAUAUGGACCACAAGGACGUCCAGGACUUGUUGGGAAGGCAGGACCACGAGGCCUUAAAGGGGUGCGAGGGGCACCUGGUGUGUCUGGAGUUCCUGGGAUCAAAGGAGAGAUGGGAGAUGUGGGGGAAACGGGCGCUGCUGGAGGCUGUGACUGUGGAGCAGAGGCGCGAUCUGCUUUCUCAGUAGCGGUAACCAAGAGCUAUCCCAAGGAACACACGCCCAUUCGUUUUAACCGUAUUUUAAUGAACGAGGGUAACCAUUACAAUGUCACCAGUGGCAAGUUUAACUGUGUGAUUCCUGGUGUGUAUUACUUCACAUAUGACAUCACGUUGGCUAACAAACAUCUGGCAAUCGGGCUUGUCCAGAAUGGCCAGUACAAGAUCAAAACAUUUGAUGCCAACACAGGAAACUACGACGUGGCCUCAGGAUCAACAAUACUUAGACUGCAAAAAGGAGACCAGGUCUGGCUUCAGAUCUUUUAUUCAGAACAAAAUGGACUGUUUUUUGAUCCAUACUGGACAGACAGUCUUUUCACAGGAUUCCUCAUUUUUGCUGAUCAGGUUGCUUGAAAUUAGGUGAAGACCAAUUCUGGAUCAUUCUGAUUGAACGUUUUAUUUGUUUUGUAUACAUUUGAUAAAAAUGGCCCCCAAUAACCUGCAUUU